ACGUUUUAUAAUUUAAUCUGUCCUGUCCACUCAUUUAUCCAUUCACAGAACAUCCGACCAUGGCAUAUUUUCCUCCCGCUGGUCGGUUAAUACGCUUUAAGAUGUGACUUCCCAAGUAGCAUUGUCGAAUCACGUUUUCGAUACUGAUGUAACUCGUUUACCGAUUAUCGACCAUAAACUUAUAUUUAUGUCGUAUCAAUUAAGAGUUCCCAUCGCUGUGAUUUAAACUCUGUUCGGACAAAAGAGACUGCAUUUCUAAUGGGUCUUUCAUCGAGUACCGUCUCGUCUCGAGACCUAUUUUACACGAUAUCUUGUCCGCCUGAUAAAACGAUACGAUCCAAGGCGUUAACAAAUGAAGAUCACAGGAAAAAACUUGAUAAGUUUCACGUUUAAACUGGCAAGCGAUCGUCGCAGGAUCGGGAUGGCGUGGCAACAAAGACCUUAUUCCUUCUGUUCGCGGAUCGACGUCGUACAAUUGCGUCUAACUCCGACAAUCGAUCCGACCGUGGCCCAACUUGACAGCAAUUUAAAAUCGCUUCUCCUCCUGUGAGCCGUACCAAGUGCACCGCCACAAACUAUCAUUCUCCCACGAGACGUUGUAGACCUUCUUCCGCUUCUUUUACCAGGCGUUAUUAUGCGGACGCGUUGCUACGUCUAAUCAUAGAGAAUAAAAGAAUAAGUAGUCGAAUAAAACUUGAAACACACGAAACAGACGAUUUAUCGGAAAAAAAAAAGAACACCGAAGAUAUAGAAUUCGAAAAAACAUCGAUGAAGAUGAACCGACGAAAAGUGAAAGCACCAUCUUUUCAGGAGAAAUGGCGAUCUCUUCGCCCAAAUGCGCCAAGGGCAGCGAAAUGGAAACGACGACAAGAAGUUGGAUAGCGAGACCGAUUUUAAACCACGACUUCAUUGCUGAUCUACCUCUUGAGCUUGUCUACGUGGGUUUACUUAAAAGGAAAGAGGACAUCUCGAUCGCGAUUAAGAGUAUCUCUUCCAUUCUGCCAGGUUUCCAUCAUCUGAAACGUUGCUCCUCAAACAAGUUGCUGUUGGCGCCAAUAGACUCUAGAAAAUUAUUAGCGGAAACGGAAGACUCCGAGGAAUCCAAGGAAGAAUUCCCUUUGACUCAAGACAAACUGAAAAUGAUAUUAACGGAAAGAGGAUUUAACUUAUCCUUAUUGGAAGAUGACUUUCAUACAGCGAAGGUGCCAGCGAGAGCAGCCAAAACGAAAGCGCAAGCUGCGCGGGCCUCGAGCAUUUGGCCUUUGAACUUUCAUCCAGAUCCAAACAUCGAACGACUGGUCGAUGGAUCGGUUUUCACGGAACAUCAAUUGGCCCUUAUAGAGAGGUACAUGAACGUUGUGGUAGAGGCAGCCAGAUUAGAAGCUGUCGGCGACUCGAAUUGUAACGGCAGCGCGGUGAUCGUUGACCCAGUGGAUGGAAGAAUCCUCGCGAUCGCAGCCUCGAAAAUCGAUCGGCAUCCAAUGUGGCACGCAGCUAUGCUGGCCGUAGAUCUUGUUGCCAAACUUCAAGGUGGAGGAGCUUGGAAAUUCGAGGAAAAAUUGGAACAGAAGGGUACCGAUAAUUCGGAAACGUCUGAAUCUUCCGCCAACAAAGACGCAGAAAAUAAAAUGACCAAGGAAAUGAGAAUCAAGAGGAAAUAUGUCGAAGAAGCUCCACUUUGCUAUCCAGAAACGCUAUCGAAAAUUAGCCUUCCAAAGGAAGAAUGUUUGAAAUCUACUGAAAUUCGACGAGGACGCAGGAAUAACGGUUCAACGAAAACGAUGAAUUCUAGGACAGUCGAACAAACUGAAGCAGCAGACACGAAAGAAUGUGGUCCUUACUUAUGUACAGGAUACUGGACCUUCUUGUUAAGGGAGCCGUGUCCUCUUUGCGCUAUGGCUCUCUUGCACUCUAGGGUUUUAAGAAUAUUCUACGGUGUGCCUAAUAGAAAUACAGGCGUGUUAGGGUCCAAGACGGUCUUGCAUGCUGUACCAGGGUUGAAUCAUCGAUAUCAAGUUUGGAGUGGCGUUCUGGAACAAGAAUGUCGACAAGCGUUGCAAGAAAUCGAGCACAGAAAUAUAAAUUGACUCACACGGUGUAUUCGUAAUGAUUAAUGGCUAUUUUCUAGCAAGCUAUGAUUCGCGGAACCAUCUAACAUUGUCGCUCUGUUACAGACAUUUUGUACAUUUGAAGAAUUAAAAACAUUGAAGGAGAUCCUGUACGUGUUUCGAUACGAUCCACCAUGUACGAUCAUGAUUUUUGUAACCUUUGGCAAUGACGUUGACGAAAGAUCUCUAUCCUUGGCACUGCCUCGAAGUAAGUUAGUAGAGUCGUGAUGCAGUGAUAUCAAUGUACCAACCGGUUUAUAAUUUCAAUCAAAAGCAGACGACGCAAAAGAUCUUACACGUGGUUCGGACGUGCGUUCGUCCAUUAUGAGGCAGAUAUAUGUAUGACCUUGGUGUCUUAGUAUAAUUUGCAAGAACAGAGGUCUCUACUCGUGGUUGAUACUAGACUCCUUCGUCUAUUCGACGAGUUAAUACUUACGUCUGUUAUACAAUCGCAUGUUCCUAACCGAACAAUCGUAAAAGUCGUUCUUUUUUUUUCCAAUAUAUUCGCGUCGCUCGAAUUAAGCCUGAUUAAAUAUCACGAUGAUUUCCAGCCGAAGAAUAUAGAAACAACGAUGAUAAUUUUUUAACAUCUCUUAUGUUCAAUUUUUACAGAUCGUACGAUCGAUAAAUUUAGUAUUCAUAAGCGGCAAUUACCUAGAGACAAGAAUAUUUACCUCGAAGAAACACGAUACUUGUUCAUUGAUUAAGACGAUUCUGUUUAGCGCAUUGCGUCAUGUGUGAAAAAAAAUAAA